ACCUUUCUCUUAGGCCUCUAUCAUAUCACACUCAAAAACAAGAAGAAGAAAAAAAAGAAAAAAACAAACACAUUGCACAUAGCUUGUUGGUAUCAUUCCACAAGCAUUAUUGAGUCUGUAGGCAAAUGAGGAAACCUGAUCUGAUGGCCAACAAGGACAAAAUGAACAACAUUAAGAGCAAGUUGAGAAAAGGGUUGUGGUCACCAGAUGAAGAUGAGAGGCUCGUAAGGUACAUGCUGACAAAUGGACAAGGGUGUUGGAGUGACAUUGCUAGGAAUGCUGGUCUUCAAAGGUGUGGCAAAAGUUGCCGUCUUCGUUGGAUCAAUUACUUGAGACCUGACCUCAAGCGUGGUGCAUUCUCACCUCAAGAGGAAGAUCUCAUCGUUCAUUUGCACUCCAUUCUUGGCAAUAGGUGGUCUCAGAUUGCAGCGCGUCUCCCUGGCCGCACAGACAAUGAGAUUAAGAAUUUCUGGAACUCCACAUUGAAGAAAAGGUUGAAAACUAACACUUCCACUCCCUCACUAAACAACAGCACUGGCUCAUCAGAGUCUAAUAAGGAUGUUUUGAGUGGGAUCAUGCCCUUUAAUGAACAUGACAUCAUGACCAUGUGCAUGGAUUCCUCUUCGUCCAUAUCAUCCAUGCAAGCAAUGGUUUUGCCUGACCAAUUUGACCCUUUUUUCAUGUUGGCAAAUAAUCAGUGUGACAUGACUAAUGUUUCAUCUGACUUUUCCAACAUGCCUGCUGCAUGCUUGACUCAAAUUGGCAUGGUAGAUGGGCAUCAAGGGAAUUAUGGGAUAUUGGAGCCAAAUAAAAUGGGGUCAGGAAUAGACUUCUCCCUUCCUUCACUAGAAAGUAGAAGCAUUGAAAGCAAUAGUGUCCCAAUUGAUGUGAAAAGCCAUAACAACCACUUCAAUUAUGGUUCCUUCAAGAACACUGAUAAGAUUCAGGGCUCCAAAGUGGAGGACUUGAUCGGGUUUGGAAAUCAUGGCCAAGGGGAAAAUUUAAAAAUGGGAGAGUGGGAUUUGGAGAAUUUAAUGCAAGACAUAACCUCUUUUCCUUUCCUUGAUUUUUAAGUUGAUUAAGUGCCCUUCUUUGGAAUUCCCUUCCUCAUUUUGGAUCUCUCACUUUUCCCUUUCCUCUCUAUCACUUUUCCUCACACAUAUCUGCCACAUACCCUUUUUUUGCUCAAGGUGUCUCGAUCGAGAGUAAGAUACUAAUCCCUCGAGCUAAUUUCUCAAGAAAUGGAAAUUCAUUAAGAGAUUUAUCUCUCAAACAAAUAUUUUUCUAUACAUGUGGCUCUAGGAAAUACCCACCACAUACAUAUAUAGCUAUAUACAAAAGACAACACAAAGCUCACCUUAGGAAAUGUUAGGCACCAAUAAUUUUUCCCUCCUUCAAUCCUUAUUUCAUUCUUUUGUAUUUUGCAUCCUGUUUCACCAAUUGUUAAUUUCUUUUCAGCCUUUUACAAAUUACACACACACCAAAUAUCAAUCCAAUUGUUUUAGACAUAGUUCUGUAAUGAAAAUAUUGUAGAAUGUACAGAUUAGCCAGGAGUAAUUUCUUGUGCUGUUCAUGCUCCUGUGGUUUGCUUGUGAAGUACUUUGAGUCAAUUUGCUGGAAUAGGUUGGUGUAAUAAUCAAAGUGCCCUUUCAUCAAGAGAAAUAGUGAUCAUUUAUAAAGUCAACAGCGGAAUAAAGAUUAGUUGAGUUGUAUGUAGUAAUGUGUAUUAUAACGAAAGAAAUAACGUGGAGGUGGAAGUUGUUAGCUAGUGUAAGGUGAAUGUAAACAGAUGUACACAAUGAUGUAAACACAUCAAUACAUUGUAACUUUGAAAUUAGUUCAUUUCCUUUAU